GUUGAGAGCGCGCUCUCUCUCUCUCUCUGUAGCGGAGCAGACUUAAGCUUCCGUUGCUUCGCUUUUCCGAAAUGCAGAGAUUUUUGCUUCUUUUCACUCCACUUCUACACUCAAAAGCGUCUCUUCAACGGAUAUUUUCUCUCUCAUUUCCUCCGAAAUGCACACAUUUCUAACUUUUCCCUCGCCGGAAAACUGAAGGCGUACCGUCCCCAACGGCAUUAAUGGCGUCCAGUUCCAUAUUGCGAAAGCUCACGGCUAGAACGUCACCAUUUGGCCUUAGACUCUAUGUUUUCAUAGCAAUAUGCGUUGGUUGUUUGAUCGCUGUCGUUCUGCUGCUGCUUCUCUACUUUCGUUCGUUUCGAAGUUCCAAAAGGCGCCGAAAUCGUGUGAAGCACACCUCAGCCUUGAUUCCGAUAAUCUCUAAGGACAUUGCAGAGAUAAAAGCUUCAGAUCGAACAGGGAAUGCGAAGAUCGGUGAUACAGAGAAUAGGGAGAAAGAAGACAAAGUUUUCGUCCAUGCGGGUAAGUCAACUGAGACUGGGAAUCGGAGCACAGAGACUGAUAUUUCGGGCGGGAGUCAAGGAUCUUCGUCGGCUGUAUCUGUCGAGAAUCCAAAUAUUGGAUGGGGUCAGUGGUAUGCAUUGAGAGAGCUAGAGAUCGCGACGCGUGGAUUUUCUGACGAGAAUGUGAUCGGGGAAGGAGGUUACGGAAUCGUCUACAGAGGUGUUUUCCCGGAUAAUUCAGUCGUCGCAGUGAAGAACCUUCUCAACAACAAGGGUCAAGCAGAGAAGGAAUUCAAAGUGGAAGUUGAAGCCAUUGGGAAAGUAAGGCAUAAAAACUUGGUAGGCCUUGUUGGGUAUUGUGUGGAAGGUGCUCAAAGGAUGCUCGUGUAUGAGUAUGUAGAAAAUGGGAAUUUGGAGCAGUGGUUGCAUGGUGAUGUUGGGUCUGUUAGCCCUCUGACAUGGGAUAUUCGAAUGAAGAUCGCCAUAGGAACAGCAAAAGGAAUAGCCUAUUUGCAUGAAGGAUUGGAACCCAAAGUCGUGCACCGUGAUAUUAAAUCUAGUAACAUUCUACUGGACAAACAAUGGAACCCUAAAGUCUCAGACUUUGGACUGGCCAAGCUCUUGGGAUCAGAUGCAAGCUAUGUGACCACACGUGUAAUGGGGACCUUUGGAUAUGUAGCUCCUGAGUAUGCUAGCACGGGUAUGCUUAGUGAGGGUAGUGAUGUGUAUAGUUUUGGUGUUCUUCUCAUGGAAAUUAUCACUGGCAGAAGCCCAGUUGAAUAUGGCAGACCACCUGGAGAGGUGAACUUGGUUGACUGGUUUAAAGGGAUGGUAACAAAUAGACGAGGAGAAGAACUGGUGGACCCUCUGAUUGAAGUAAAACCAUCGCCAAGAGCAUUGAAGCGAGUAUUGCUGGUUUGUCUCCGUUGUAUAGACAUGGAUGCCAAUAAGCGACCAAAGAUGGGGCAAAUUGUACACAUGCUUGAAGCAGAUGAAUUUCCUUUCCGUGCUGCUGAGCACCGAAUAGCCCGAGAUGCAAUCCCUAUCCAUCCACGUGCGGGUCCAGCAGCAAUGAGGAGUUCCAUUCCCACCCAAGCCUACCACAAAGGGAGAUGAUAUGGAGAAGACGAGAUGAUGAGCUCUGUGGUUGGUAGCACCAUACAUACAGUCGAUGAAAUGAUUCUUGUAAUAUGUAAAAUCGAUAUUUAUUUAAAAGAAAUCAGUGUUUUCUGCUUAUAGUCUUCUAGGAAUUUCAGUUAUUUUCUUUUUUUUAUUUUUUAUUAUAGCCUCUAUUCCUCUUAUAGUCCUUGUAAAUAAAAUACAUUUCCCUAGAAAUAAUAUGUGAACUUGACCUC